AUGAAGCUUCCUGGCUUUGAACAAGACCUUGAUUGGGGAAAACAGAAAUAUAUAAACUAUUUAGCUGUAAGAUCAAGGUUAAUGAAGAUAUUAACGGAGAAUUCCAUACGGUUUGUGCUUAUUGAAACCGACUCGACAUGGUUCCGUGACCCAGUCGAUCUGUUUCUCAACGCAACUGUGAUAGACGACGCUGACGUUGUUGUGCCAGUGAAAGGUCUAACCCACAUGGGUGAUAGACUCGCCUUCAGCCCAAUGCUAGUUGAACCUACAAACGCAUCUAUAGUCCUAUUCGAAGAGAUGAAUAAGCGAUUAGGAGGAAAUGAUUCAUUGUAUGAUCAAGAUGUACUGAACGAGCUAUGUUCGACACAGUAUCAUGGAAUUGUAUGCAGAAAUUUCGAAUACAACGAGAUUGCUGACGGGAAAUGGUGGGCAAUGAAUGGGUUAUGGUUCAUGAGUAAGAAAGGGCACUGCUCGAAAGAGAAAGUACAACGAGCGCAGAACAAAUUCUUCUUCGGAGUCACAUAA